AUAAAUAUAAAAAUGUUAAAGAAAACUUGUUGCUGUAUAUGUUUAUCUAUAAAUAAAAGAACUGUUAAUAUUUACAGUACAUAUCUGCUUUACUUUUAUGAGCAACUGGCAAAUUAUAAGGUUAGGGACAGCGAGUGCUGGAUGUGUUACAUCUGCCAGACCAGACUGCAGCAAUGUCACCGGCUGCAGCAGUUGGCCGUACAGACACGGGGCCUUGUUGAUGAUCUCUGCCAGAAUAAGACUCAUAUUGACAUUGGAGCAAUUGGAUCUUUGUUAGAACUAUCAAUCUAUAAGAAGAAAAAUAUUUCCACAACACAUCCUACCGCAGAUAAUAUAACAGAGGAGCCGGACAUAAAGACUGAACAAUACAAUGACGAUGGAAUAAAAGAAGAACCAACUGUAGAAAAUACAAAUAAGUAUGGAGAGGAUUAUGCAACCGUGUUAGAAUUUGAAGAUGAUGAUGUGUCAGAUAGUGAUGCUGUCUGCGAACAGGAAUCUUUGAACGUUGACCACAUUGAUACUUGGCAAGGCUCAAGGGUGCUUGAAUUGAAAUUAGUAAAGUUGAGUCAGAGUGUCAUUGACAAGUAUGUACGCCGAAGUCUCACCACGCAGCACUCAGCCACAGAAGAACAUGUUGGGGACAAGGGGGAGUGCGCUGGUGAACAGAGCGUAGAAAAUAACGACAAAAAGGCACAGUACAAGAGUCAUAAGGAACAACUCAGCUGUGAUGUUUGCUUAAAAAUGUUUCCGACUAAAAGCAGGUUGCUAAGACACAUCCGGGCACAUACUGGAAAAACGUUUAGCUGUAAUUAUUGUCUGAAAAAGUUCGGAAAUAAAAGAUAUUUGAAAAUACAUAUAAAAAGACAUACUACUGAAAAACGAUUUACCUGUGACAUUUGUAACAAUAAAUUCACAACAAAAAUCGACUUAAAAGGACAUUUAGUAAUUCAUACUGGUGAGAAGCAAUUUAACUGUAAUAUAUGCCAAAAAAAAUUUCUAAGAAAAAGACACUUAAAAGAACACAUGCUAAUUCAUACUGGUGAGAAACCAUAUAACUGUGAUUUAUGCCAAAAGAAAUUUGCAACAAAAUUCCACUUAAAAAGACACAUGCUAAUUCAUACUGGUGAGAAAGCAUAUAACUGUGACAUAUGUCAAAAGAAAUUCUUUACAAAAGGGGAGUUAAACAAACACUUGUUCGUUCAUACUGGAGAGAAACCAUAUAACUGCGAAAUAUGCCAAAAGAAAUUCAGAACAAAAUUCCACUUAAAAAGACACAUGCUGAUUCAUACUGGUGGGAAGCCAUUUAAAUGCAAUAUUUGUCAAUUAUUUAAAUGCAAUAUUUGUCAAAAAAAAUUUGGAAAAAGAAGCAUCUUAAAAGCACACAUGCUAAUUCAUACUGGUGAGAAACCAUACAACUGUGAUAUAUGCCAAAAGAAAUUUGGAACAAAAAGCAAAUUAAAAGGACACAUGAUAAUUCAUACUGGUGAGAAAGCAUAUAACUGUGACAUAUGUCAAAAGAAAUUCUUUACAAAAGGGGAGUUAAACAAACACUUAUUCAUUCAUACUGGCGAGAAACCAUAUAACUGCGAUAUAUGCCAAAAGAAAUUCAGAACAAAAUCCAACUUAAAAACACACAUGCUGAUUCAUACCAGUUGGAAGCCAUAGAACUGCAAUUUUUGUCAAAAACUAUUUGGAAGAAAAAGCUACUUAAAAGUACACAUGCUAAUUCACACUGGUGAGAAAGCAUACAACUGUGACAUAAUAUGUCAAAAG